AUCUUCACAACACUAUCAUGUCCCUCGAGCGUACACAGGUAAUCAACUUCAACUCUGGACCUUGUGCCCUCCCCACGUCGGUCUUGGAAGAAGCUGCCAAGGGUCUGCUCAACUACAAAGGGACGGGCAUUGGCCUUGCUGAGCUGUCCCAUCGCAGCGGGUACUUUGGACAAAUCGUCAACGAGCUCGCAGGCCUUAUUCGAAAGCAACUAGAGGUACCCUCGACGCAUGAAAUCAUUUUCACGCAAGGCGGCGCAACGGGCCAGUUUUCCGCAGUGGUCCUCAACCUCCUUGCCCGCCACCGCCUUCUGCACCCCAACCUAGCCGAGGAGGAGCGGUACAUGGACUAUGUUGUAACUGGGAACUGGAGCAAGAAGGCAUCGGAAGAGGCCAGGCGACUUGGAGGCGGCGUAGUGAAUAUCGUCACCGACGCACGGACGGUUAGCGAGGACCACAAGACCUUUGCGUCUAUCCCCCCGCACUCGGGUUUCAAGUUCUCACAGAAUCCUGCCUUCAUCUACUACUGCGAGAAUGAAACGGUCGACGGUGUCCAAUUCUCGACUGACCCCGAGUCGCCAGCCCGCUUCCCCUGGGAGCUCCUCAAGGAACAGGAUUUCGUACCUGUCGUCGGGGACUACUCGUCCUCCUUCCUCUCCCGCCCUAUUCCCAACCUGGACAGACAUGCCCUGGUCUAUGCCGGCGCCCAGAAGAACCUUGGUCCUGCAGGCUUGACUGUGCUGAUUGUGCGCAAGGACUGUCUGGUCGAUACGGAUGCCGCGGCAAAGCUCGGUGCACAACCUGUGCCUAUCACGAUGGACUGGAAGGUCAUCCAGUCGCACAACAGUCUGUACAACACCCCACCGAUGUUUUCCAUGUACAUCGCCCAACUCAUGCUGGAGCACACGGAGGCGAUGGGCGGGAUGCCGGCCAUCACCCACAUGAACGAAAAGAAGAAGGACAUGCUUUACGAGGUGCUCGACGAGGGCGCAGCCAAAGGGCUGUUCAGGUUGCGGGUGGAAAAGGGCAGCAGGAGCUGGAUGAACCAGACAUUCCAUGUCCUCGGUGACGGCAAGGAAAAGCUGUUCUUGGAGCAGGCCGAAAGUGCAGGGUUGAAGGCGUUGGCUGGACACAGACAGGUUGGAGGUGUGCGGAUCUCUUUGUACAACGCUAUCAACGAGGAGCAGACGGGCAUCCUGGUGAAAUUCAUCCGGAAGUUCAUCGAGGAGAACUCGGCGUAGAGGAUUGCGGACUGGUGUUAAUAUGUAAUGAACGCACACAAUAAACCAAUUAUAUUGCAGAA